AUCUGCAAUUUUGCCCAUCUCUAUCGUCAACAAAACAAACGUUUUUGUGUGAUAACAUGAAAAAUAGUAAAAUUGUAUAAAGGGGGAUAGAACAGCCAAGAGCUGAUAUAACUACACACAUAAAUCACAAUGAGUAAGCGCCUAUAUUCCGAGUUUCUUAGCAAAGACGACCCCCUAGUGUCCAACAACGAGUUUCUGGAGGAUGCAUUGGAGGAGUUGCAAAACAAGCUGGGCCAGAUCCUAGAAAAUCAAAAUGAGAUCCUGACACGGUUGUGUCAGUUGACUUGCAAGGGGACCACAGCUAAUUCUUACAACACCGAAGAGGACUAUUUUCCGGUGACAGAUCCCGAAGAGCUGCCCAAUCUGGACGCCAAUCUUUCCCAGCCCGGCAAAAAAUACGCUAAUGUUAUGCAUGGAAUUUUAAGACCAGAAGGACGAAAAGAACCGCUGAAGAAGAAUUUCGCAAAGGUUUUCGAGUGCGAUGUUCUUAUGUCGCACAACUACGAUGGAGUGAGCAACAAACAAUCCUUUAAACAGUACAAACAAAUUAACAAAACUAUUUUUGGAAUUCUAAAAACAGAUGGAUAUACUAAAACGGAGUACGUUGCCGAUGUCAGAGCUGCCUUUCAUAUGCUGAAGGCCCGCUAUCAUAAAAGAAAACAUGAUUUAAGGAUGAAGAUUAAACGGUUUCAAAAGUGCCAAGCACAGACCGAUUGGGAAUAGCUUAUAAUUUUGUAACAAUUCGGGUUUAUUUUGUUUGCAAAGCUUGAAGAAAGUAUUACAAAGACAAACCAGUUCUUGGCUCUGCAGUAA